AAAUCGACUCGAACGUGGAAAAAUAAGUCGAAUACUCGAAUAUACGAGGGAUUUGUUGAGGGUUAUUCUUGGGGUGACACGAAAGCAAGUAGUUACAACCCAUUUAGAUCGUAUCGAUCGGUGGAAGCCUCGGUUGGGUUUUAGCUGAGCCUUUCUCUUGCGUCACGGAUUAAACCUUGCAUGCUCAUAGUUUUCCACGCUUGUGCCGAACUAUAACCGCACGUAUAGUUUCGACGUUGGAUAACGUGUAUUAGAUUUCGCAUACGGCAUAUCUGUGAGCCAGCUCCUCGAUCGUGACGUACAAGUUAGAAUCGGCGAGUGUACGGCAGGCACGCGAAAAGUGAAGUCACGGAGGAUAAUCAUUCAGCGGUCUCCUCCGCUAACGGGUGCAGGGCAGAAUGCCCGUUAUGAAACAACGCGACAACCGCAACGACUGAUCUUCGCUAUAAAAAAAUCUGUUCCGAAAAACAUGGGCGUGAAAAUGGCGGGGCGGGUAACCGCGCGAGCUUACGCGAAAAAGGAUCCUCAUUUCUGCAGCUCGGGGCCCAUUAUUCUCGGCAAGUUCAGUUCCAGUUCGAACGAUUGCGCUCGUCAAUAUCCUUCGCAUCAUCGAGACACCCCUGCAACUUCGAAAAGAGCCUACAACCGUCGUCAGCAUUCGAUUCUCUCUUACUUGAGGCGUUGGAUUUCCGAAAUUUGGUACGGGAUUAUAAGAAGACUGAAAGGUAUCUUCAACUCGCAUUCGAGGCCCGACGAAAAAGGUCCAAAUACCUCUGGAAGAGAUCCUCUGGACUCAGAAUUGGAAAACGCAUUCUGGCGGGAAGGAAAAGUUUGCGACCAAAAAGUCAACAUUCAGAAAAGUUGGGAUCACAGGUAUUCCGGCGUUGGGGAUAACGUCAACGUCUAUUCUUUGUACACCGCGCAAUCCGUGUCGAAAAAUCAUCCGGAUAAAUUCAGGAGGGACAGCAACAGUGAUUUCCUUGAAAGCAGUCAGGCGUCCGAAAACGGACAUUCGAAAUUGCGCAAAAAACGCUCACGAGAAAACAUAUCGGCACGCAUCGACAGUUCUUUGUCCUUCGAUGAGGAGUACGAUGCCCUUUACGGAACAAGGGUCCUGCCGCGCCCCUUGCGCAGCCACGAACGAAUUUCUCGCCACGAAAUUGGGAACUUUCCAGUCAAAAAAGACCGUGUUGACGGUCUAUCGAGCCCCGACUCUCCGAAUUCGGAGUGUCGUAAAAGGAGUUCGAUGAAUCUAGGGGGGGAAAGCAGGACCUUGGAAGGCCCGGUUCCCGAUAUUACCGAAGAUCGAGUGCAAACUGUCUCCUUUAAAAACACAAACGUUUGGUACUCCAGAUCGGAACUGAACACGGCAUUACCACCCGAUCAGCGAGAAACUAGUCGUAGUCGGUCCCGUCCCUCUUCCAGAAUUCCACGGUUAUGUUCCAGAGUAAAUAAAUCUUCUGCCAAGCAUCGAUAAAUUUUUGUGCAAAUUUUUUUUGUGUCGAAUUGAAAAAAAUAAUAUUUUGCAGAACCCCCAUGUCUUUUGAUGUCUUUAGAUGUUUCGUUUCAUUAUGUGCUAUAUGAUUUCGGGUUACAUGAUUUUAUUAAUUUUUCAGAAUGAAUUUUGUUUAUCCAAACUCUAGAUGAUAUUAUUUCAGUUUUUACUACCGAUCUUCUAACUCAACUCUGGAACUAUGGAUACCAGAUAACGGUUUCAACGACUAUGUGAAUGGGUUCUGACGACGCGAGCGUGAUUAUGUGAUCUAGUUCAUGUAUAAGGAAACUAGUACAUUUCUUGUCCACAGAACCGUAAAAUUGUUACGAUCCAGGCUGCAGGUUGUUAUGCGGUGGAACUAAAUUAUUCCAACGCGCUGGAAUAUUUUCCACAAACCCGAGUAUAGCACAAUGUCGUCUGUGUAAAAUAUUACGCAUUUCGCAAUGCGAAAUUAUAAAUUUUAAUUCCUUUUCUCAGACCAACUGCUAUCUGCAUGUAAUAAGACAAUCGACAUAAAACUCCAGCCCCGUUAUAAUUGUUAUGAGCUUU